GGGCAGAAUUGGAAGAAUAGAAAAGUGGGUUGUUUGUUUCUUCUCCAUUUCUUUGCUGUGUUGCGAAGACUAAAAAAUGUUAUGGGUCCUACCAUUUAUGUUCUCUCCUAAACCAAACAAGAGAGAUUCCCUUUUAUCUCUUCUAUUUCUCUCGUUUGUGUUUCACUCCAACCAAACACACACACUAUCACAGAUGACGUCUAAGACAAUGAUCGUGCGGAGCACCAUCGUUCGUUUAACGUUUCCAAGAAACACAAAAUCCUCAAAAAUCUAUUACUACCUCCUUUUAGAGAUGUUGCGCGCGAUGAUGAUCCUUCAAUCCUAGUUUUAGGGUUUCACAUUUCCAAUCACCCCCUUUAAAUGCAGCCAGCACAAUAAUCACGUGCUUCAUGGAUAGCCCUGAAGUGGAUCUGGUUCCCAAUAAGAAACAAGCAGUAGUGGCUCCAAAGAGUCUAUCGUCAGGAAUGCUCAACUCCAAUAUUUCGUCAUGGGGAAAUUCUUUAGGCUUUCACAGUUCACUCUUUAACUGGCCAUUUUACUGCACAACUAUUUGAUCUAUUUACUGCAUCUAUGAAUUUUGAAGACACAAACAUUUUCCCUUUAAACAUAGAUAAUAAGUUGAAUGCGGAGGAAAUGAUAUCUUGGAUCCUUUUGGGGGUGAUGCCUCAUUUGGUUUAUCCAUGUCAACUACAUUAGAAUAUUCUCAACUAGUUUUUAAUCACGAUGGUAUUAGAAACCUCAAAGUUAAUGAGGUGAAGGCUGAGAAUUUCAUGUCUGUUCCAACUAAUAAUCCGUAUGAUGGAGGAGUUAGCAAAACUGUGUCAAACACUCAUGCAUUCAAGGAAGGCGAUCAUUCAAUACCAACAAGUCUUACAUACAGCAAAGGGGAUGCCAAUGUAAUAUUGAUGGAUGGCGCUUUUGACAGGACAGAUAACAAUUUAAUGUCGAUGAGUCAAUCUUAUAAUAAGGGAGAUGACAACUUUUCAAUAGCUUCAACAUACAAUGAUAUUUGUAAUUCAAUAUCAAUGGAUCAAGGAUACAAUCACGUAGAUAGUAAUGUCAUGUCUAUUGCUCAACCUAACAACAAGGCUCAUGGUAAUUCUAUGUUAAGUAACCACUUAUUCAAUAAGGUUGAAGAUGGCACCAUAUCAAUGGGCCACAUUUACCAUCAUAGUGGAAAUGACAUGCCGUUUUUUGCUCAUUCUCAUAAUAAAGGUGGAAGCACUAUCAUAUCAUUUGGUGACUGUGACAAUGACGAUGUAACUCCAUCUGACUUAUUUGUUUCCGACUACGGACUGUUUAUGGGUCAAGCACCUUUGUGUAUGUCGCAUAUGUCACAAGUUGCGAAUGAAAAAGAGUUCGUUAGAUCAAGCACUAAAAAACUACUUCCAAGUACAGCUCAGACAUCUGCAUCUGAAACUGAAAAUGUUACCAAGACAAAAGAGGAGAUGGAAAUGUGUAAAAAGGCUACUUCAAAUAACUUCCCUUCAAAUGUUAGAAGUUUGCUAUCCACUGGUAUGCUGGAUGGCGUCUCUGUAAAGUAUAAGGCAUGGUCACGGGAGGAACUUCGAGCUGUUAUAAAAGGUGCUGGGUAUUUGUGCAGCUGUCCAUCGUGUAGUUUUUCUAAGGUUAUUAACGCAUUCGAGUUUGAACGGCAUGUUGGUUGCAAGACAAAGCACCCAAAUAAUCAUAUUUACUUUGAGAAUGGGAAAACCAUAUAUGGAGUGAUACAAGAGCUCAGGAGCACUCCACAGAAUAUGUUAUUUGAAGUUAUUCAAAUUUCAAACAAUAACUGGUUCACCUAUCAAUCAGAAAGCCUUCCGCAUCUGGAAAGGUAAUAUAUUUUGUUCAAUACUUAGACCAUGUUUGGAUAAUCAACUUAAUUAAGUUCUUAUAGUAUACACACUUAUCAUAGAAGUGCUUAUGUAUAAGCUAUUUCUAUAGAAAACGAUAAAAUAAAGUAAUAUGUUGUCAUAUAAGCUAUAGGCUGUUUAACUUAAGAAAAAAAAGAUGAAAACGACUUAUAUAGUAUAUACAUGUCAUAAGCUCUUCCAAAUAGUCUUACAAGUGCUUGUGUAUGCUUAUACCAGUAAAUAAGAUCAAAUAAAGUCAAUCCAAUCAGGACAUUUGUUGUGUUUUGUGUAUUUGGAUGACAUCUUUAUGUUGUUGAACUUGAACAAAGUUGCUUUAUGUGAGUACAUAUUUCUUCCUUCUUAUGUUGCGUCUUCCUCCUAUACAUAAUCCUUUUUGGCUGCAGCACGCGAGCUCCAGCGCAUAUGUGGAAAAGAUGAAGUAAAAAAGUUGUUAUAAUUUAAAGAAGCAAAUUUGAGUCCCAAUAUAUAACUAUAACAAACCUUGCUGGGUUCGUAGGAGUGCUGUUUUGAUACACCUUUGUUGACCCUAAAGUUUGAGUCCUUUACGUUUUUGAGUUUUUGAGGACAACAGGACUAUAAUAGAAGGAAACUGAAAGUAACAUAUGUGUUGGGUGUUGCAAAUUGAAUGUUUCAUGGCAUGUAAGCACUUAGUGAGUAAGUUUCAUGAAGGAUUUUAAUGUCAUGAUCUAAUUUCCUCAAGUGAUGUUUUCUUGUUUUUGUGUAUUUAAUUUAAGAGUAAAUCUUUGACAAAAUAAAAUACUUUGUUGAACAAAACCUUAUCCAGCUGUCUAAUAGAUAUCAGCAUUGACAAUGACAUCUUCUAUGGAGUCAAUACUAUUUUCUUUUGCUGUCUGGAAAGUGAAAUGCUGUAAUUAGCUAAACUUAUGAAUUAAUGUUGUAUUAUACCUGA